AUGUCGGACGUAGAAGACAACACCCCCGAGGUCGCCGACGUUGUCGAGGUUUCCGGCGAUGCCCCCAAGGGCCAGAUGUCCAUUCUCGAUGCUCUCAAGGGUGUCCUGAAGCUCUCUCUCAUGCACGAUGGUCUUGCCCGUGGUCUCCGUGAGGCUUCCAAGGCUCUUGACCGUCGCCAGGCUCACAUGUGUGUCCUGAACGAGAACUGUGAGGAGGAGGCCUACAAGAAGCUUGUUGUCGCUCUCUGCAACGAGCACAACAUCCCUCUCAUCCAGAUCCCUGACGGCAAGCAGCUCGGCGAGUGGGCCGGUCUCUGCGUUCUCGACCGUGAGGGUAACGCUCGCAAGGUCGUCAACUGCUCUUGCGUCGUUGUUAAGGACUGGGGUGAGGAGUCUCAGGAGCGAUCUAUCCUCCUGAACUACUUCCAGACCGAGCAGUAA